AUGAAUCUUUGUUGUAUUAUCCUACUGGGAACAAUAUGCAUCAGCUCUAGUUUCUUCACCUCUAAAUAUGAAAGGAGACGGUCAGCGGCUGCAGCUAUUUAUGCUCAAACGGUGAAGGGACCAGAUGCCGACACGAAACCAGAUUAUGAACAAAUACACGGCCCACUAGGAAAGACGCUUGAUCGAUUGUUCCUUACGAUAUUCCGCACUAGAAUGGCAGAACAAGUGGGUAUCGACUCAUCUCUACCCAAGGAUGACUACCAGGGGCUGAUGGAGCUCACAGGUGCAAUGAAUGCAAGAUUUAGUGAUCGGACGGAAGUGCAGAAAACUGCUCAAAACAUACUACGAUCAUUAUUUCCAAGCUGGCUUCCUCGCCAAUAUGCAUCUCUUUUCUCCCGCCCAUUCCCCCAGUUUUCUGCUCGGAUGAAUGCUUGGGCUACAAGAGUUGCAGGAACAUGGUUGAUGGGUGAAUGCGAACUGAAUGAUGUUGAAGUAGAUGGGAAGUUAUACAAAGACCAAGGACUCCUAGUCAAGAGAUGUCGCUUUCUGGAGGAGUCAGGGUGUGCUUCAGUUUGCGUCAAUGCGUGUAAAAUCCCAACCCAAAAUUUCUUCAUUGAAGAUAUGGGGCUGCCACUGACCAUGGUGCCGGAUUACGAAACAGGUGAAUGUCAGUUUAGUUUUGGGCGGAUGCCAACAGUAGAGGAGGAGAUGGAAGCGAAGGCUACUCCAUGCUUGUCAAGGUGUCCAACAGGUGGGAGUUUGAGACGAUGGCACGAUGGCAAUCGGGAAUCUGUCGAUCUUUCCCCGAUAUCGCUGAAUGAAACAAGCUCUGCUUGUCAAUUUAUGGAUGCAGCGUGA